AUGGCUGAUGACCUCGGCACUUCUCAGCUCUUGGUCUUGGUGGGAAUUACAACCUUUUGCGUUGGGUUUGCUCUCUCGCCCAUGGUCUUGGCACCACUCUCUGAGAUCUAUGGCCGGUAUCCAGUUUUCAUUAUUUCUGGUGUGGUUUAUGUCAUCUUCCAGGCCGUUUGUUCUGUUGCACCAAACCUGGCAACCAUGCUCAUCGCGAGAUUCCUUGUCGGCGUCGGCGGUUCUGUCUUUAGCUCCGUCAUUGGCGGCGUCAUCGCAGAUUUAUGGGCAAAGGACGAAAGAAACACACCUAUGGCCCUUUUCAGUGGCGCAGUACUCGCCGGCACGGGAGCCGGUCCUUUGGUUGCGUCUCUUAUGGUGAAGCGUAUGGGUGCCGAGAACGGAACGAUGGCGUGGAAGUGGAUCUUCUGGCACCAGGUCAUCAUCGACACUGUGCUUGUGGUUGCUCUUGCUGUUUUCUUCAAGGAGAGUCGAGGAUCGGUGAUACUCUCGAGGAAGGCCGAAGCUCUGAACCACUGGUACCAGGCAAGGGAAGAAUCAGGUCAUUAUGGAGUGUGGCGUGAAGACAAGGCAGCCAACAACGGGGACACAGACACGACUUCAAACUCUGGCGAUACCCAGCGAUGUUCUUGUUCUGGACCGGAAAAGCCAUGUGCCAACUGCCGCUUGAGUCGGUCGUGUUCCGCCCAAGCCAAGCCCCAGAGACUGCGAUGGUUGGUCAAAGAAGACGAGCAACGAGCAUCUCUGGCUAAGCUUGUGUCUGUUUCCGUCUCGCGCCCGUUCCAGCUGCUGUUCACAGAGCCGGUUGUCUUUUUCUUCUCUGUUUGGUGUGCUUUUGCCUGGGCAGUCCUCUACUGUACAUUUGGGAGCAUCCCAUUGGUCCUGUCGCGCACAAGAAGCCUAGACAUCGAACAGUCGGGAUAUUUCUUCAUUGCUAUGAUUGUUGGGUCCGUGGUGGCGACCAUCGUCGGUGUCCUGCAAGACAAGCUGCUUCGACUGCCUCAGUGGCAGGCCAAUAACCCCGUUGGCGACUCAUCGCGGUUCUGGCACUUCAUGCGGCGCCGCUUUCCUGCCGAGGCCCCCGAAUCGCGUCUCUACUUCACCUGCAUCUCGGCUACAUUGCUGCCUGCCGGUCUCUUCCUCUUUGGCUUCACUGCGAAGCAAGAGUUCCAUUGGAUUGCUCCUGCCUUUGGCAUCGGUCUAGCAACUUGGGGCAUUUACUCGGUGUAUUUGGCCACCUUCAACUAUUUCGCCGAUAUUUACCAUAGGAACUUGGGAGAGGAGCGGGCGGGUUCGCUUUUGGGUGGUAUUGCCACUGGGUUAACAGUCAUUCCAUGGGCGCUCGUCUUCUUCGGCCAAAGAAUUCGUGCCAGAAGUAAGGUUACUAUAGUAUUAGAAUUAUAG